AUGAAUACAAAAGCUUCAAAGAAUAGUAAGAAGGCUCAAAUCAAAGCGAAUAUUAGUAAUAGUUAUAGUAUUUCGCUCACCAAAGAAAAAAAGCGACAGUUGAUGCGGCAAAUCCUUCGACUGGUACAUCAGCGCAAUGUGUUUUCAGAAGGAGAUGUCCGUGUUACGUGCAACUAUCUGAACCAGUGCUUUGAACCCGAACUAGACUCUAUACUUUUAGCGAUGGAGAUCAUAUCGCUGCUUUUGUCUCGCCGAGUGGCGGAGACUGAAGUUAUUCAAUCGUACCGCAAACUGCUAUCGUACGUUUCGGGCAUGCUUCACGAAUCGAACUGUAGUAAGAUUGCUGCUCAUUUCACCAGUAUAUCGAAGAUGGCUCUGCAAAGUGAAAACAUUUCACACGAAAGCUUUCCAGUUUCUUUGAUAAAGUGUAUCUUGGUACUGAUGUGUCGAUUACCGGUCAGUCGGGUAAAUGAAAGAACCAUUAUCCUCGAAGCAUUACGUACUACCCUGCAAUGGGGCAGGCAUUCGGCAAAGCUGUACAGUCAAUUUGAACUCGGAUCCCUCGUAAGAAGUGCGUUUGCUUUUGCGGGUCAUCUGCAGGACGACUUUGCUGCGAUUACGGAAUUAAUAGCUUUAGCACGUCAUAUUCUCGACACCUUCUGCACCCCUCCAUCCAACGAAGUUCAUCCCGUGCAGGUGUUACUGCGAUCUACGUAUGAUAAAAUCUUUACCCGCUUGGUAUCUGAAUGGACCGAUAUACGAUGCUACGAGACGUUGCUGUACGUGCUCUUCGAUCUGCUUAAGCGCGAUAUCUGCAUUCAUCUUAAGCUGGAAAUUGUCCGGAAAGUAGCGGAUGCAGCCGGGGGCGGUAUGCGGCGACUGGUACGCUUGCUGGCUGUCCCGAAGCACCUGAGAGUAGAGCAUCUACUUUGCAAACUUAAAACUAUUCUUACGAUCAUACUUGCCCAUAGUUUGUUCCGGUAUGAACCGACGAAACGUACAUCCGAUUUUCAUGUACUUUUAAAGGCGGUCAAAACUAUCGUUGAUGGUGUUAACUUUGUGGAGCUGGUGAAGGCAAAAUUUCUUUGUCUAAAUCUUCCAAGGACAGAGCUGACAUUCCAAUUCGUAUGUUUCGUAUUUAUCGUACGCCACCUUGACCUUCUCGACGGUGUAACCAGUAACGCAAGCAUGGAGCUAGAUUAUGUAUACAAUCUUAUCGCAUCGCUCAAUAUCGUCUAUCACAAACGUUGGAAUCUUCCUAACUUUCUAGUUAAGCACUUCAUAGAUGGCCUUUCGCGAUUUUCAAAAACCGUUACAUUUGAAAAGAGUUUCCCCGACCCGGAGAAAAAGAUAAAAGCGAUUCUUUCCACCGCCUCAACUACUGCUCGUGUGAAUGAGGCGAUCGCAAACAUAUUUGGCCGCCUGCCGCCCACGGUACAACGAAUCCAGUGGAUCCAGAUGCAACCGCACGAGUUUCGCACCAAGUUUAUCUUCCAUCAGCAGCUGGGCAUCCUUAAGGACCGUUUCAUCGUGACAGGCGACGAUGUGUUGAUUCAUUCGCUGUUGACCAUUUUCAAACCGGAUACGCUCAUCAAGGUGCUCUCAACCAAACAAGCUUCUCCAAUUGCUCGUCGGAAUGCAUCGGUGCUGCUUUCGAAACGCUCGUUGGCGGAGUCUGCGUUGCAGAAGGUCAUGCUGGAAAUAGCUCGUUCGCAAGAGCAGCAAUCGAAUAAUGUCGGUGCAAUAUAUGACUGGGUGCGGGCGGUACACGGAUCCGUCCAGACGAUCACCGAUGGAUCGAAACGGAUGCUCUGGAAUACACUGGCCACUAUAGACCAGACGGCGCCCCGUAGCGAUGAACAGCGAUUGUUGCUAGUGGAUACGAAAGCUAGCCUACUGGUUAGUAUGAUGUUCAUGAUGAAAGACAAGGUUGUAGAAUUGCAAAUCGAAAGCACCAGAGGCGGCACUAGAACUUCUGCACUUAAGAGGAAACUUUCGAAACAGAGAACGGAAGAGACAAAGAAAGCAUUUUCGCUACCCUUAUAAAUAUUUGAAAUUUAAUACACUUGACUUAAUUAAUUUGAUUUGA